AGGCAGUGCCUCUCUAGCCCGGGCCAAUGAGCUUUCGGAUUAGAGGGUUUAACUCCUAUUUAAAAUAAAGACUUUGAAUCGUAACGGCUGAGCUCUCGGCAAGAGUCGGCGGCCUUUGGGUCGGAGACGGGAGCCAACGGGCAUCAUGGACAAAUCUAAAGAAAACUGCGUUGCAGGGCCUGUUAAGACCACAAUUCCCCUUGGCGAUGGUCCAAAACGUGUUCCAGUGACUCAGCAAUUUCCUUCUCAGAAUCUGUUAUCUGCAAAUAGUGGCCAGGCUCAGCGGGUCUUGUGUCCUUCAAAUUCCUCCCAGCGAAUUCCUUCACAAACACAAAAGCUCGUCUCCAGCCAUAAACCGGUCCAGAAUCUGAAGCAAAAGCAACUGCAGGCAACCAGUGUCCCUCGUUCUGUCUCUAGGCCGCUGAAUUAUACCCAAAAAAGUGAGCAGCCCUUGCCAUCGGCCACUGGAAAUAAUUCUGAAAAGGAACUGACAACAAAACAGAAAAAUGAAGAAUCAAAAAAAAGGCAGUGGGCUUUGGAAGAUUUUGAAAUCGGUCGCCCGCUGGGUAAAGGAAAGUUUGGUAAUGUUUAUUUGGCGAGAGAAAAACAAAGCAAGUUUAUCCUGGCUCUUAAAGUAUUAUUUAAAGCUCAGCUGGAGAAAGCGGGAGUCGAGCAUCAGCUGAGAAGAGAAGUAGAAAUACAGUCCCACCUUAGGCAUCCAAAUAUUCUCAGACUGUAUGGUUAUUUCCAUGACGCCACCAGAGUUUACCUAAUUCUAGAAUAUGCGCCUCUUGGAGCUGUCUACCGAGAACUUCAGAAACUGUCCAAGUUUGAUGAGCAGACAACUGCUACUUAUAUCACGGAGUUGGCAGAUGCCCUGUCUUAUUGUCACUCAAAGAGAGUCAUUCAUAGAGACAUUAAGCCAGAGAACCUGCUCCUCGGUUCAGCUGGAGAGCUUAAGAUUGCAGAUUUUGGAUGGUCGGUACAUGCCCCAUCCUCCAGGAGAACCACCCUCUGUGGCACCUUGGACUACUUGCCUCCAGAGAUGAUUGAAGGCCGAAUGCACGACGAGAAGGUGGAUCUCUGGAGCCUUGGGGUACUCUGCUAUGAAUUUCUAGUUGGGAAGCCUCCAUUUGAGGCGAGCACAUACCAAGAGACCUACAAAAGAAUAUCGCGGGUUGAAUUCACAUUCCCUGACUUUGUACCGGAGGGAGCCAGGGACCUCAUCUCAAGACUGUUGAAACAUAAUCCCAGCCAAAGACCGACUCUCAAAGAAGUACUUGAACACCCUUGGGUCACGGCAAAUUCAUCAAAACCAUCAGGUAGCCAAAAAAGCAAAGAAUCAACCGGCAAACAAUCUUAAGAAUCCUGCAGGCGGAGAAAUCCACGAGGCCCAGCUGGUGACACUGUUGACGGCCUGGCCGUGACCCAUGACCGAGGGCACUGCAGACAAGGGCCCACCGAGCAGGCGGUGCCUCACCCUCCCCGGUCAGUCCGCUUCCGAGAACAGUGCACUCUGGAGUGAAAGUAGCCGCAGGACUUGUGGCCACUUCACAGUCCGGAGGCGAAGUUCACCUGCAGCCUCCCCACGGCCUGUCUCAAGUAGGGUGUCCUUGUGGAAGGCAGCUCGGGGCCCGACUCCAUCGGUGAAAGAGGUGUGCAAUGACCAUCCGGUCCCUACGUGUGCAUCUGCCUUCCUCAGUGGCCAAGCCUGGGAAAGCUGUCAGGAUGAACAUGUGAUUCUUUCUUUUAAAUGUUAAAAUAAAGAUUUCUGUAUAGACUGCUACGUCAUUUCCCUGGCAUCCCUUCAGGACUGUUCGGUGUCUGUCCCACACUUGCGCCAAGUGGACGUGGUUAAGGACCAGAUCAGGCUUAAGCCCUCGGUGACUGUACACUCGAACGCGUGCUCCACCUGUGUCUUGGGGCUGGCUGGAUGAGACCUGUCUCUGCUGUUUCGAAAUGUCAAAGGGCUGAUCUUUCCGUGGUUUUGAUGCUUUAUUUAUACAGUUUUGGUGAAGCACAGUGAGUCACAUAUAAAACGAUUAAAGUUGUCACGUGUCUAACCUUGAAA